UGUAAAAUGAAAAUUAUUGAAGAACGAGGGAGAAUCUAGAGGGCGCGACGCAUGCGCUCUUGCAAAACAUCCAUCUUGAAUUUUUCAACCACGCGGUGUAGUGUGGUUGUGAAGUGGAAUUUUACUGUUUUCACCAAUUUCACGAAGUAAUUUUGUGAUUUGAAUGGUUCACAAUGCCGUCAUCGCAACCCCUGCCUCCGAAAGAAAACACAUUGUUCAAAAGAAUACUGAAAUGUUAUGAACAAAAGCAAUACAAGAAUAGUUUAAAAUUUGCUAAGGCAAUUUUAACUAACCCCAAAUACUGUGACCAUGGCGAAACUUUGGCUAUGAAAGGUUUAACUAUGAACUGCAUGGGGAGAAAAGAGGAAGCUUAUGAUUAUGUGAGGAGAGGUUUACGUAAUGAUUUACAAAGCCAUGUAUGUUGGCAUGUGUACGGUUUAUUACAACGAUCAGAUAGAAAAUAUGAUGAAGCGAUCAAAUGUUACAGAAAUGCAUUAAAAUGGGAUAAGGACAACAUUCAGAUUCUAAGAGAUUUAUCGUUACUGCAAAUACAGAUGAGGGAUUUGGAGGGAUACCGGGAAACACGGUUUCAGUUAUUACAGUUAAGACCAGCACAGAGAGUAUCCUGGAUUGGAUAUGCUAUGUCACAUCAUCUCAGUAAAGAAUAUGACAUGGCAUUGAGGGUGCUGGAAGAAUUCAGAAAAACCCAAACUCCAAAGCCGUACGAUUAUGAACAUAGUGAAUUGCUGCUUUAUCAAAAUGAAGUUAUGAGAGAAUCUGGAAUGUUCAAUGAAGCUUUGAACCAUCUAGAAACGUAUGAAAGACAAAUUUGUGACAAACUAGCUGCCAAUGAAAUAAAAGGUGCGCUAUGUUUACGGCUUGGCAAGAUGAAAGAAGCUGAAUUAAUUUAUCGUGAUUUAAUUGCAAGAAAUCCUGAAAACCAUGAAAACUAUCGUCGGUUAGAAGAGGCGCUAGGUUUAAGUAACGACGAUGCACGGUACAAUAUGUACAAACAGUUUAGAAGUAUAUAUCCACGUGCUGAAGCACCGCGAAGACUUCCACUAAAUUUUACUUUUGGUGAUACUUUUUGUCAGUUAAUUGACGAAUACCUUAGAAGGGCUCUACAUAAAGGAGUACCUCCACUGUUUGUAAAUAUCAAGUCAAUUUAUAAAGACAAAGAAAAGAUACCUGCAAUAGAGAAGAUUGUUCUGUCUUAUUUAGAGUCGUUAGAAAAAUAUUGUACAUUUAGUCCAGCUGAUGCUGAAAAACCAGAUUAUGACAAGGAACCGCCAACAGCCUAUUUAUGGACGUUGUUUUACUUAGCUCAGCAUUAUGAUUAUCUAAGAGAGACGACAAAGGCACUCAAGUAUAUUAACAUUGCAUUGGAUCAUACCCCAACUCUUAUAGAAUUGUUCGUGGCAAAGGGAAGAAUCUAUAAGCAUGCCGGUGAUAUCAAAGAAUCAGUGGCCUGUUUGGAUGAAGCUCAGUCUCAGGACACUGCGGAUAGAUACAUCAAUUCAAAAUGUGCAAAAUAUAUGCUACGUGCUAAUCUGGUGAAAGAAGCAGAAGAGAUGUGUGCUAAAUUCACUCGGGAGGGUGUGUCUUCCAUGGAUAACUUGAAUGAAAUGCAAUGUAUGUGGUUCCAAAUAGAAUGUGCUAAAUCAUAUCAGCGAAUGCACAACUACGGUGAAGCUUUGAAGAAAUGUCAUGAAAUUGACAGACAUUUUUCUGAAAUUAUUGAAGAUCAGUUUGAUUUUCAUACAUACUGUAUGCGUAAGAUGACAUUACGUGCAUAUGUUGGGUUACUGAGACUAGAAGAUGUUAUUCGCUAUCACCCUUACUACUUCAAAGCAGCUAAGAUAGCAAUUGAGGUCUACAUUGAUAUUCAUGAUCAUCCACCGACGGACUCUGAUAAAACUGAAGAAAUUGACACUGAAAACCUAACUCCUAAAGAAUUGAAGAAGUUGCGAAGUAAACAGAGGCGAGCAGCGAGGAAGGCUGAAGAGAAAAAGAAAGAAGAAGAAAAGGCUGAAAGUAGACACCAAAAUAAAAACAAACAUGAUACUGAGAUGGAUGGGCCUAAAGAGGAAGAAUUGGUGCCUGAAAAACUGGCAAAGGUUGAUAAACCAUUAGAACAAGCAAUUUAUUUUCUAAAGCCACUUCAAGAAUUUACAUCUCAUUUAGUUGAUACUCAUUUAUUAGCAUUUGAUAUCUACUACCGUAAAGAUAAAUUACUAUUAAUGUUACAGUCAAUAAAAAGGAUUUGGAAUAUUGAUUCUAACAAUAGCAGACUGCAUUUCUGUGUUUGUAGAUUUGUUAAAGCAGUGGAAGACAAAAAGGAUAUUGCUGAUGCUGUAUCUAGUGUAAUCAAACAAGAACUCAAGAAACUGAUUGGGGACCAAGAUAUGAAGACAUUUAAUGAGGAAUUUAUAGCCAGGAAUCCAAAUUCUUUAGAACAUAUUAUAGCAGGUGCCCAGGGGAAAUAUGUAUAUUCUAAUUCGGAUAGCGUUAUAGAUUUGAUAACUCAGCUUGGUGAUAACCUUGAAGAUAGAAAUUUACAGAAUUGUACAGAAGUAUUAAAUUUAUUAUGUGAUUUUUUCAAAUGUGAAUCUGCAGCUGAAGAGUACCAGCGUAAAUGUCAUGAAUUGUUUCCUUUUGCUGCCCAAUUUGCUGCUCCUCAAGAAGAAGAUGAUCAUCCCGAAGAAUCUAAAAUCACAACCAAACAAGCUAAUUCUAUACCAUCAUAGUGAUAUACAAGCAGGUGUAACCAGUGAUAACUGGUUUUAACUAGAACAAAACUAAUUUCUCCAUUCUGGCAGUAUUUUAUGUGCUUCUCUUUUUAUAUCAGUCCUACGAGUUCAAAACUUUGGAAAUACUCUAUCCAG